AUGUAUUCAGAUAAUAACAAUGCUCACUCCGAAAUUAGAAUCAGAUAACUGUUAUACUUUAAAUAGCCACCUCAAAGUAUAUUUGAAUACAAACAUUUUAAGCCACUCUACCCACCAAUCGAAGUGCUAUGAAACUUCAGACUCUCGAACAUAAAUUGGGAAGGACCAAUAAAAAUUUUACAGGCUAUUCAAAAAGCUAAAGUGACACUCGCCCAUUUUUUGAGAAUUUCAUGGAAAAAACAGAUCAAAUAACAUCCUUUGGAUUCAAGUAUCCCUUCAAUGUGGAGGACUUUUAAAACACCAAUGCAUAAAUUCACUUUUUGGAAGUGUUCACUCAUUCACAGCAAUUAAUACAAGUAAGGAUUGGGAAAGAAUAUAUUAGAAUUACAUUUCGGAUAGUAAACGCACUUUGGCUCAAUUGAAGGAGUAGUCUAAACAAAUCAAGGAUGAGAUGGAUUAUAUGAAGGAGCAAACAGAGAGGAAUAUAUAAAAACUAGAGGAUUAAUUCAAUGAGGCAGUUCAAACGAAGUAAAGAUAAUUGAAGGAGGAUUAUGUUGCCUACUCAACAGAGUCGUAUAGAUUGAAUAAGGAGAUUAGCAAAUUGACUAAGGAUAAAUUGCACAUGGAAGAAUAGUCUAUUCAUUUGCUAUAGAAAAUAAUCAAAUUAGAGAAACAAAUGCAGGGCGUGGAAAUGGAGUUAAUGUGUGAAAAUGAAUAAGAGUUAUAAUCAUAAUUAAGAGGCACAUUUCAUAACACAAAAAGCAUAACACACUGAU